UACCAACUGGAUUUCAAGGUUUAGGCUGUUACAUUUUUCCUCUUUCUUCAACAAAUUUUUAUCGUUUUUGUCAGCUAUGCCAAUUCAGACUCCAGAGAACAAAAAUUGCCGCAAGAGAGCAAAAAUGGCCUCUCAUAAUCCAAGAGACCAGGGUGUGGAUCAGUUGCCACUAGAAUAAUCUGCAUCUUAAUACUAACAAAGCAUGGUUGUUUGGUGGGCCUAAUGGGCUUUAUUCAAAUGGAGAUUACCUAUUGAAAGUCUUAAAUUUAGGAGCUCUGUCAUGAAGGCCUCUGGGGGUAAAUUAGUAUAAUACAGGGCAUCUGCUCGCUUUUGACUGGAAUCGUUUUGUUCCGCCUCCCAAAGAUACGACGCACAUGGCCAGUUGGCCACAUCACAAAUCACAAUAACAGUUAUUUAACCGUCACAUUAAAAAAAAUUAAAGAAAAAUCAUUGCCUUACACUGACCUCCCCCUCACUCCCAAAAGUCAUAUCUACACAAACUCAAACUCUCUCUCUCUCUCUCUCUCUCUCUCUCUCUCUCUCCUCUUUUUUUUUUUUUUUUAGAAAGCUUAUUUCCUCAUCCUUUUAACUCUAGUUUUUUUUUUAAAAAAAAAUAUUUUAACUUUACAGUAAUACUUGAGCUUAAUUUAAUUCUAAUACUUCAUAGUUGAAAAUAUCCACCGCCAUGGACUCCGGCGGCGAGAUUCGGAUCCACCAAACCCGACGGCUACCAGAUUUCUUGCAAAGUGUGAAUCUCAAGUACGUAAAACUUGGAUAUCACUAUCUAAUCUCUAAUCUAUUAACCUUAUGUUUUAUUCCUUUAAUUAUAAUAACUUCAAUUGAAGCAUCUCAAAUGAAUCUCGACGAUCUUCGUCACUUAUGGCUUCACCUGCAGUAUAAUCUAGUCGGUAUCAUUAUCUGCUCCGCUUUUCUCGUCUUCGGUUUAACCGUUUAUAUCAUGACCCGUCCCCGACCCGUUUAUUUAGUCGACUAUUCUUGCUAUCGCGCUCCUGAUCAUCUCAAAGCUCCAUUUGGCCGCUUCAUGGAGCACUCUAAACUCACCGGCGAUUUUGACGAAUCCUCGCUUGAGUUUCAGCGAAAGAUUUUAGAGCGUUCGGGGCUUGGUGAAGAUACCUAUGUUCCUGAAGCUAUGCAUUAUAUUCCCCCACGGCCGUCUAUGGCGGCUGCCAGGGAGGAGGCUGAGCAGGUUAUGUUUGGUGCUUUGGAUAAUUUAUUUGCUAAUACCAAUGUGAACCCUAAGAACAUUGGCAUUCUUGUUGUGAAUUGUAGUUUGUUUAAUCCAACACCCUCGCUUUCUGCUAUAAUAGUUAAUAAGUAUAAAUUGCGAGGUAAUAUUAGGAGUUUUAAUUUGGGAGGUAUGGGAUGUAGUGCUGGAGUUAUCGCUGUUGAUCUUGCUAAAGAUUUGUUGCAAGUUCAUAGGAAUACUUAUGCUGUUGUUGUUAGUACUGAGAAUAUUACUCAGAAUUGGUAUUUUGGAAAUAAGAAAUCUAUGUUGAUACCUAAUUGUUUGUUUCGGGUUGGAGGUGCUGCUGUUUUGCUUUCUAAUCGAUCUGUUGAUAGACGACGUGCCAAGUAUAAGCUUGUUCAUGUUGUGAGGACUCAUCGUGGUGCUGAUGAUAAGGCUUUUAGGUGUGUGUAUCAAGAACAGGAUGAUGCUGGGAAGACUGGCGUUUCUCUGUCCAAAGAUUUGAUGGCUAUUGCCGGUGAGGCUUUAAAAGCUAAUAUUACUACUUUGGGUCCUUUGGUGUUACCAAUUAGCGAGCAACUUCUGUUCUUUGCAACUCUGGUGGUUAAGAAGUUGUUUAAUAAAAAGAUGAAACCUUAUAUUCCGGAUUUUAAGUUGGCCUUUGAUCAUUUUUGUAUACAUGCUGGUGGGAGGGCUGUGAUCGAUGAGCUAGAGAAGAAUUUGCAGCUUUUACCUGUACAUGUAGAGGCGUCUAGGAUGACUCUUCACCGGUUUGGGAAUACUUCAUCAAGUUCAAUUUGGUAUGAGUUGGCCUAUGUUGAAGCCAAGAGGAGGAUGCGCAAGGGUAACCGUGUGUGGCAGAUUGCUUUUGGAAGUGGCUUUAAAUGUAACAGUGCAGUGUGGGAGGCCCUUCGGAAUGUCAAGCCCUCUCCUAAUGGUCCUUGGGAAGAUUGUAUAGAUAAGUAUCCUGUGAAACUAGUAGUUUAACACAGAAAAUGUGCAUUGUAAACUCUCCAUCGAAGGUAUUGUUCAUCAUUCAUUAGGAGUCUUAACUGUGCUAUCUUGCCUUCAUAGUCUCUGAAUUGGAAUCUCUUGGGUCUUUUCUUUUCCCUUCUUUUUUUUGGUUAUGGAAGUUGAGAUGUAUUUUCCUUGUAUCUCUGUCUGUUAUAUUUGUCUUAGAGCACUAUGGUACUAGCAUUUAUUCAUUCUGUUGGCAUCGAACCAGUGUUUGGAACAAAACUUAUGAAACUUCUCUUAAGUUGCUUUUCUAA